CAACACGAAGAAGACAGGGCGGUCACUAGACUUGAAAGCAAGGUGAAUUUUACAGCAAUGGAAAAUACAGGUGGAAAGAAAAGGGAACUUCAGUCGGAAGAUGAAGAUGUAACACAAAGCCAUUGUCAGACAACAAAGUUAAAAGAAAAAAGCACUGAAACAUGUUUCAUACCAGGAUAUCAUGAAGCCGAGAUCUGCUAUGGAGGUGAAGCUGACUUACACAAGCACUAUACCGGCUGUAAGAAGAAUCCAGGUCAUGUCAACUUUAUACCUGUUAAUGAUUUUAACUUGAAUCAUCUCCCCUUACGUUACCAAGACGACCUAAUGUUGGAUGUAAUCAAAGCUUUGUCUGGCGUAACGGUCAUGAUAAAGGUCAAGUACACCAGUCCAGAGAGACCAAAAUAUGACUCAAGUUUUAAUUCUCAGUACCCGUUCUACAACAUACGAGGAAGUGAUAUGUUGAGGACAGGGACGGGGAGAGUGUGGUAUGUAGAUAAGAAUUUGUUGACAGACAGGGCGUGUCCAUGUGGCAGGUGUCAACACUCGGACACACCCAGCAAAGUGUGGGGGAAAGUUGAGGUACUCACAGCAAGACACGUGGUGUUUGAUGAUAGCGAGGCCAGACAGACCGAAUGUAUUUUCAGUUUUAAUGAUACUAAAAGACAUGGGGUCAGUCUUGACGGAUUGUGCGUUGAUUCGAUUUCGACGGACAUUGUCAAGGAUAACUGUGUGAUUACAUGUGCGACUUGUGAUCUAGAAUUGCUUGAUGAAUUGGAGAAAAAUUACUGGCGCUUUAGAACUCUACAUUACAAAAUGAUGAAAGGUGAAAAGUAUCCCUUAUUUGAAAAUACAGACAGGCUAACUAUCAUAGUCUCACAUCCUCAUGGCUGUCCUCAACAGGUCUCUGUAGGGCAAUGGACACACAAACAUGAAAGGGGUCGUUUUUGGAGAAGGUAUGUGUACACAACAUGUACUUGUCCAGGCACAAGCGGCGCCUAUGUGUACACGCCAGCUAAAGCUGAAUUAACCGGUCAUACCCACAGUGGGACUAACUCUGAUGGGAAUUAUUCUGGUGAAUGGGUUGAAACUGAUGCUACUAGUUUUAAAAGCUCACACUAUGACUAAUCGAUGAAUGUUGUGCUCACACUUAUUUAUUUCUCGAAAUCUUUUCUUAACUUAUGUUUUUGUAUUUGAUUUUCGUGGUUUACUUAAUUAUAUGCAUAAAUAAUACUGAUACACAUUACUAUGUGCAAACAGUGAUCAUAUUGACUUUUAUAAGAAGAGCAAAAGAUCUAUAGUGUAAAUAGUAAAGGGGCCGUGGUGGGGCGUUCUGUCAUCGAUCUAAUAGCUCUUUAUCAAAUUCAGAAGGAUGUGUUUAAGAAUGUGGCAAUGCAUGGUUGUUUGGGAUAUGCAGUUCAAUGUUGGUUUGAUUAUUUCGCAUUGGUGUAUUUUUGUUUUCAACUGUUGGAAAUCCCGAUGUAUCAGACUUAACCAAUGAAAUUUCCGAAUCUUCGUAGAUACUUACACGGCUAGGUUCAACACAUCAUUUCCUGAUUCACACCAGUUUGACCUCCGAAAGACUUCCGUCAGUUUACUGAAUCUUUUCGAAUACAGCUUCCCACAAGUCACAGAAAAGACUGGAGUAUAACUUUACACUUGGAUACAGCGGUGGCUUUAACUGAACAACAGUCGAAUACAGUGAGGUCCAGCCCAUUAAAUCUGUAACUUCACAGAUAAUGGUAGGCUACAUAGCAGUGGCGUAUAUAUAUAUAUGUGUGUGUAUGUGUAUGUAUAAGCUUUAAUCACUGUACGAUGUUUAUAGUCUGUUGAUAAUACAGUUGGAUGUAGCAUUGUUAUCUCUAUAGCUAGCACAUCUACUUUAUGGUGUCAUCCCCACCCUCUUGUAAUAAUUAUCGAUUUUGUACUUAAAAGACUAUUUAGCUUUAAUUAAUUAUUAAGAGAACUGGUAAAAACCAUUUUUCUUCUGUACAUUUUACAAUUUUUUGCCUUGGUGUCACCCUCUAAAUGGUGUUACCCGGUGCGUUCUGCACCCCUCCUCGCACUCGCUAAGCCUGUGCUACACAGUGUAUACGUUAACAUAACGUGUUCAUGUCAAUCACACCCUACCCCCAUUCCACCACAGCAAAACUGCCCUAGCGUGAUUCUGUGCAUGAAUAGCAUUAGUCACAUUCUAUUGAGUUUUUUCUAAUAGCUUGUAGAACGUGUUUGUUAUAUGCCAAUUUCUCAUUAUUUUUCCCCAAUCCCAGAUCGCUUUGAUCGCAGAGUCGUCGGUGAUUCCCGUAUAGCCCUGUUUGUUACUCAUGAUAUAACACCAUUUUAUACAUAGACCUAGCGCUAAUUUAAAUAUUUUAUUGUACGAAAAUGAAUUAUUUUUGUACGAUUUAUAAAAACGUAUGUCACAAA